GGUUUCUUCAUAGAUCUCUUUCUCCAUUCUCACUCAAAAUCUUCAACUCUUUUCUCUCUGGAGAGAAAUUGAACUCGAAGAUUUAGAAAAGGGCAUCAAUUGCUUUAUAUAUGUUCAUUGCUUCCUAAUUUCUGUUCAUCUGCUAUAAUAUUUAUCAACUUCAGAUCGUUAGAUUGUUGGAGGUUUGUUAAGGUUAGGGUUUACUUAGUUCGGAGUUUGAAGAAGAAAAUUCUGAUUUUUGUCGUUUAUCGUUGAGUUCAUCUUGUUUUACGUUAGGUAGUUUGAAUCACGCUAAGCAAACAUGCCUGUGCGUGUUUUUUAGUUGGCGUUUGUGAUGAAUCAUUUCAGAAGUCUGAUGUUUUGUUUAAUUUUGGGUGAUGUCGUUAUUCUGCAGGUGAUUUAUUUGAAGAUUUUUUGAUUAUUUGAAUUUGAUAAAUAUUGAUUUUGCUAGUGAAGAUUAAUGGGUAAAGGAGCCCAAAGUUACGGGACAAAAGAGAAUACAGGCAAAUCAUCACUGGAUCGAAGCCAAUAUGCUGCUUGGGCAAAGGACAUACGGGAAUGUGAACAAAACUACCAGGUGGACAGAGAACAAGGUCUAUCUGAUGGUGAAGUCGAAAAGAGGCUGCAGAAGUUUGGGACAAACGAGUUGGAGAAGCAUGAAGGACAAUCUGUUUUUCAGCUAAUUUUGGAUCAGUUCAAUGAUACUUUAGUUAGAAUUUUACUUGCUGCCGCUGUGAUAUCUUUUGUCCUUGCCUGGUAUGAUGGCGAAGAAGGUGGGGAGAUGGAGAUCACUGCUUUUGUUGAGCCUCUGGUAAUUUUUCUCAUACUAAUCGUUAAUGCGAUUGUUGGUGUUUGGCAAGAAAGUAAUGCGGAAAAAGCUUUAGAGGCUCUCAAAGAAAUUCAAUCAGAACAAGCAACUGUGAUUCGUAAUGGUCGCAAGAUUUCAAGCCUUCCUGCCAAGGAACUUGUUCCUGGUGAUAUUGUCGAACUUAGGGUUGGAGACAAAAUCCCUGCUGAUAUGAGGGUCGUGAAACUAAUUAGUUCAACCCUUAGGGUUGAGCAGGGAUCCUUAACUGGAGAGAGUGAAGCUGUUAGUAAAACGACUAAACCUGUACCUGAAGAGUCUGAUAUCCAGGGGAAGAAAUGUAUGGUGUUUGCGGGAACUACGGUUGUAAAUGGGAACUGUAUCUGUAUGGUUACAGACACAGGGAUGAAUACUGAGAUAGGAAAAGUGCAUUCUCAGAUCCAAGAGGCAGCUCAGAAUGAAGAAGACACACCGUUGAAGAAGAAAUUGAACGAGUUUGGAGAAGUUUUGACUAUGCUAAUUGGGUUGAUUUGUCUUCUGGUUUGGCUCAUUAACGUGAAGUACUUCCUCUCAUGGGAGUAUGUUGAUGGUUGGCCAACGAACUUUAAGUUCUCCUUCGAGAAGUGCACUUAUUACUUUGAAAUAGCCGUCGCAUUAGCAGUUGCUGCCAUCCCAGAAGGUUUGCCUGCUGUGAUUACUACUUGCUUGGCCCUUGGCACACGGAAGAUGGCUCAGAAGAAUGCUCUUGUUAGGAAGCUACCUAGUGUUGAGACUCUUGGGUGUACGACAGUCAUUUGUUCCGACAAAACUGGUACUCUGACCACCAACCAAAUGGCUGUGGCUAAGCUUGUUGCUAUGGGUCAUGGAGCAAAUGCUGUUCGAUCCUUCAAUGUUGAAGGAACCACAUACAAUCCAUUGGAUGGGAAAAUUCUAGACUGGCCAGCUGGGAGAAUGGAUGCUAACCUUCAAACAAUUGCAAAGAUUGCUGCAUUGGCUAACGACGCAGGCAUUGAACAAUCUGAGAAAGGUUAUGUUGCCACUGGAAUGCCAACUGAAGCAGCAUUAAAGGUUCUUGUUGAGAAAAUGGGUCUUCCUGCUGGAUUGGGUUCUGGUUCAUCUACAGAGUACAAUGACCUCAUGGUUUGUUCUCGUGAGUGGAGUAAAAGUGAACGCAGGAUAGCUACUCUUGAGUUUGACCGAGAUAGGAAAUCCAUGGGGGUAAUUGUAUCAUCCAACACUGGAAGAAAUACCCUGCUUGUAAAGGGUGCCGUUGAAAAUUUGUUGGAAAGGAGUUCCCACAUCCAGUUGCUUGAUGGUUCUGUUGUGGAACUUGACAAGAGGGCAAAAUCAGUAAUCUUAGAUAGCCUUAACAAGUUGUCCACAGCUGCAUUACGUGUAUUGGGUUUUGCAUACAAGGAGGAUCCUCCAGAGUUUACAACAUACAAUGGUGAUGAAGAUCAUCCUGCCCAUAACCUUUUACUCGAUCCAGCAAAUUACUCUUCAAUUGAAAGUAAUUUAGUCUUUGCCGGCUUGGCUGGACUCAGGGAUCCUCCUCGUAAAGAAGUUCGUCAAGCCAUUGAAGACUGCAGAGCAGCUGGAAUUCAAGUUAUUGUCAUAACAGGAGAUAACAAGAAUACAGCAGAAGCCAUUUGUCGUGAAAUAGGCGUAUUUGGACAACAUGAGGACAUCAGUAAAAAAAGCUUAACAGGAAGAGAAUUUAUGGAUCAUCAUGAUCAAAAAGGUCACUUAUCAUACAAGGGAGGACUUCUUUUUUCUAGGGCUGAACCACGUCACAAGCAAGAUAUAGUGAGGUUGCUCAAAGAAGCAGGUGAAGUGGUUGCAAUGACUGGGGAUGGGGUGAAUGAUGCACCUGCAUUGAAAUUGGCUGAUAUUGGAAUUGCAAUGGGGAUUUCUGGAACUGAGGUUGCAAAGGAAGCUUCUGACAUGGUUUUAGCAGAUGAUAAUUUUAGCACAAUUGUGGCCGCUGUCGGAGAAGGCAGGUCUAUUUACAACAAUAUGAAGGCUUUUAUCCGCUAUAUGAUUUCCUCAAAUAUCGGGGAGGUUGCCUCCAUAUUCUUGACUGCUGCUAUCGGCAUUCCUGAAGGCCUGAUUCCUGUUCAGCUUCUAUGGGUCAAUCUAGUCACUGAUGGACCGCCUGCCACAGCCUUGGGUUUUAAUCCACCAGACAAAUACAUCAUGAAAAAGGCUCCUCGCAGGAGUGACGAUUCAUUAAUCAGUGCCUGGAUUUUAUUUCGCUAUCUGGUAAUCGGACUCUACGUUGGUGUAGCAACUGUAGGUGUUUUCAUCAUAUGGUACACUCAUGGCUCCUUUUUGGGGAUAGACCUGAGUCAAGAUGGUCACAGCCUUGUUACCUACUCCCAGCUUUCAAACUGGGGUCAAUGCAGAUCUUGGGAUAAUUUCACCGUCUCGCCUUUCAAAGCCGGAGACCGAGUGUUUGAUUUCGAUUCCAACCCUUGUGACUACUUCCAAGGUGGGAAAGUCAAAGCCAUGACACUCUCCCUCUCCGUGUUGGUCGCCAUCGAGAUGUUUAAUUCUUUAAAUGCCCUCUCCGAAGACGAAAGCCUGUUGACCAUGCCACCAUGGGUCAACCCAUGGUUGCUUCUGGCAAUGUCGGUCUCGUUUGGGCUCCAUUUCUUGAUCCUAUAUGUUCCGUUUCUUGCGCAAGUGUUUGGGAUCGUGCCGCUAAGCGUGAAUGAGUGGUUGUUGGUGUUGGCUGUGGCCUUGCCCGUGAUAUUAAUCGACGAGAUCCUUAAAUGCGUCGGUAGGUUGAUAAAUGGAAAUCAAACGAGCCCAAGGCCUUCGAAGCGGAAAACAGAGUAAUCGUGAGUGGUUACGUUUCCGAAAAUGCCCGUGAAAUUGUUGACUGACACUAUAUCUUCCUCCUUUGAAUUGUUAAGACCAGCAAGGGUAGGUUGGACCAUGGACAAAUUUCUAGCAAUAGUUUUGGUAGAAGUUAGUUUAAUAUGUUCUUUUAUUUUCUUUAUUGUUAUGUUUUGGAACAUUUGGCAAAUCUUAAUAUUUUCUUGAACCAGUUGAGCUAACCCUA